GCACUAUAUCACUUAUUGCUACGGGGGCUACACCACGCGGUCCCUCAAAAAUUAUAUUAGAUAUUAUACUGAACCCAGUGCCAUAAAUACUACGUCUUAUUUACUUACUGUUGGACGUUGUCUGGAAUCAUCAGCAUCACGCACGUGUAAAAAUGUCUUGUGACACAAGAGAAGAAAUAACUGCUGGUGAAGAUUGUUUAAGUGCAAUGGCUCGAUUGUCUGUAAUUAAUGCAGCAUCAUCUAUAAGUAAUGAUAAUGAUAAAAAACCUCGAAGUAAAGGUGAGACACGUGGGCAAAAAUUAUCAGGAUUGACACAUGAGUGCGGAGUGUUCGGUUGUAUUGCUGCUGGUGAUUGGCCUUCUCAAGUUGAUGUUGGUCAAGUUAUUUGUCUUGGACUGGUGGCAUUACAACACAGAGGUCAAGAAAGUGCUGGUAUUGUAACAAGUGAAGGGAUAUGCGCUAAAUCAUUUCGUGUUCACAAGGGAAUGGGAAUGAUAAAUAAUAUUUUUAAUGAUGAUAGCAUGAGAAAAUUAAGAGGUAAUCUUGGAAUAGGACAUACGAGAUACAGUACCAGUGCAGCCAGUGAAGAAGUUAAUUGUCAGCCAUUUGUUGUUCAUACGGCACAUGGAGCACUUGCUGUUGCUCAUAAUGGAGAACUUGUUAAUACGGAAUCACUUAGAAAAAUGGUACUUGGUAGAGGUGUUGGAUUGUCAACGCACUCAGAUUCCGAAUUAAUAACACAAGCAUUGUGUUUAAAUCCUCCGGAAGGUGAAGUCAACGGUCCUGAUUGGCCAGCACGUAUAAAGCAUCUUAUGCAAUUGGCUCCGUUGUCUUAUUCUUUAGUUAUUAUGCAGCGAGACAAAAUUUAUGGUGUACGAGAUCCUUACGGUAAUCGUCCACUUUGUCUCGGUAAAAUUGUUCCUGUUGGUAAACUAAUUGGAAAUGAUUCAGACGAUGAUGAAGAUGCCGAAGGCUGGGUAAUAUCAUCAGAAUCAUGUGGUUUUCUUAGCAUUGGAGCCCGUUAUGUACGUGAAGUAUUUCCUGGUGAAAUUGUUGAAUUAACUAGAGAAGGAAUAAAGACUAUUGAUAUUGUUGAGAGGCCUGAUAAAAAACCUCAAGCAUUUUGUAUAUUUGAGUACGUUUACUUUGCACGAAGUGACAGUAUUUUUGAAGGUCAAAUGGUGUACUCAGUAAGAAUGCAAUGCGGUAGAGUUCUAGCUAUUGAAUCACCAAUAGAGGCAGAUAUUGUCAGCUCAGUACCUGAAUCGGGUACAGCAGCAGCCCAUGGUUACGCGCGUGAAUCAAAAAUUCCAUUUGCUGAAGUACUUUGCAAAAAUAGAUACGUCGGUAGGACGUUUAUUCAACCCAGUACACGAUUAAGACAACUGGGUGUCGCUAAAAAAUUUGGAGCACUGUCAGAAAAUGUCAAAGGAAAGAAACUUAUCCUUAUUGAUGAUUCAAUAGUACGAGGAAAUACUAUUGGGCCAAUUAUAAAACUUCUUCGUGAUGCUGGAGCUAAAGAAGUACACGUAAGAAUUGCUUCUCCACCAUUGAAAUAUCCAUGUUACAUGGGGAUCAAUAUACCAACGCGUGAAGAAUUGAUAGCGAAUAGACUUGACAAUAUUAAAUUAGCCAAACAUGUUGGUGCUGAUUCACUUGUAUAUUUGUCUGUGAAUGGACUCGUUACCGCUGUAAGACACGGAAUGGAUAAUCGACAAAGCAGUUAUAUCGGUCACUGCACUGCUUGUUUAACUGGUGAAUAUCCAGAUGAAUUACCUGGUGAUCUUGUUUGGUGAAAAAUAAAAAAAAAACUAUUGAAAUACCUCAAGCCUAAUUAAUAUUUAAAUGUUAGUAAAUGGACUAAAUAUUUUACAAAAAAAUAACAUUCCAAGUUACCUAACAGUGCAGAUAAUUCAAGAGUGCCCGUGUAAAAAAAAAAUACCUUCCAAAUAUCGCGUGCCAAAUGCCAAAAGGGCGUAUAAAAAAUUUUUUUUUUGCCAUUCUUUUUAGAAUCGCUCGAAACGUAAAGAUCUGCAGCCAAAAAAAUUUUGACUUACUAACGCCAAAAGGGCGUAUCUUAAGAUGUACGCCCUUUUGGCUUUAGGAAAUUGUCGGUCUAAAGCCAAAAAGGCGUAUAAAAAAAAAUCAGGAUUUUUAAAAAUUUCGGAAAACAGUCUUCAAAAUUGUCCGGAGAAGGUUUUUAUGAAAAAAAUUUUUGACAAAGUCAACAUUUUCGAUGGUAGUAACUUUAAUUUUUCAUCAUCUUGGACAGUCCAAUGUAAUUAAAAUAAUCAUCAACUUUAAUUUUUAAUCAACUAGGAAAUUCCCAAAUAAUUAAUGAUUAUAAGCUAGAGAUAAUAAAGUUCAAUAUUCGUUCUUAUAUUCAACGCCAUGCGGAGCGUAUGGUGGAAAGCUAGUGUUUGAGACUUACGCCCUUUUGGCUUUGAAAAUUUUUUUUUCAUUUUUAGACUUAGAACAUGUCUACAAAACGAUUGACACAAAAAAAAAAAAAUUGUACGCCCUUUUGGUUCUUUAAAGCCAAAAUGGCGUAUAAUUUUUAUACGCACUUUUGGCAUUUGGCACGCGAUAUGUCCCUGACCGUGAAUUUCCGAAAUUGAGGCAAUGCUGAACUUUCCGGAAGGAGUUGAACAUUUUUGGAAUUUUAAAAUAAUUAUAAGUGUGAAAAAUUUUCAACUAGUGUGGAUUUUUCUGGCGGGUUUCUAUUUUUUUUUUAAUUUUUCAAGCAAAGAUGAUUUGAAUUGACAAUUUUGUGAGUUUGUAAUUAGUUGCAAUCACUUAUUCUUUGGACUAUUGUUGAGCAAGUCAAAAAGUUAAAAAAAAACUGACCUUCCCAAAAAGUUCUAAAAAAUGUUUAUAUAUAUUUUCAAGUUAUUUUUAUUUUUUUUUUGCCUCAUACCUGAAUAAUUCUGGUAAGAGUCGUAAAUGUUCAUAAUUCCUAAUUAAUUCCUUUUUUUUUUUUAAUGUUCUUCAACCCAAAAAAUUGUCAAAUCAAAUUAUUUUUGCUCAAAAAAUAAAAAAUAAAAACGCAUAGGAAAAGUUUACGCCAGUUGAAAAUUGUUCACUUUCUAAUUUUUUCAAGUUUCCAAAAAUAUUAAACUUAGUUCAGAAUUAUCUCAAUUUUGGAAGUUCACUGUCAUGAACUUUUUUGGAAAAAAUUUUUUUUACACGAGUGAAUUUAAAUUGUAAAAAAAAUGAAUACUAAUUGGAAAAUGAAAUAUCA